AUGGCUAAAAAUGACAACGACGACGACGACGAAAAUGGAGUUCGUUACGCAACAAGUACGAAUGCGUCCGCACCAAAAAUGGAUGAUGAAGAUGAUGUAAUAAAGUUUGAUCCGUUAGAAUUUAUCCCGCACUUUUCGUACGCAUGGGUCGUGCUCGGUUUUGUGUUGCCGAGCGUAGUUUCCUCACUUCCAAUCGUGCAAGAGCAAGAAGACGGAGGUGUCUCGUUGCUAUAUCAAACGCGAUUAUGCUCAGAGGUGGCGAAACUGGCAUAUCUUUCAUACGCCCUCGGGAAAAGAAAUUUUACUCUGAGUAUCGGCAACCAACCUCAAAACGACGUCCUCUCAGGCGCUGCAUUUGGAAUUGGAACUAGUUUAGCAGCACGCGUCGCCGAGCAGACUCUUACGCCUGCUCUGGUAGAGUCGAAUAGUUCUGUAGUCGCGACUUCGACUCCGGCUGUUCUCGCUAUAGUUCUCUCCUCGACCGUGCUCGCGCCUAUAACAGAAGAGAUUUUUUUCCGCGGUGUCGUGCUCGAGUGUGGUUCUGACCUUUUUCGAAACCCUGAUGAGCAAGCGAAUACGAGAGCAGUGUUUUCUCUCGCGGCGGCAAAUGUUUUCGCGGCUGGAAUAUUCUCCCUCGCUCAUUUCAAUUUUUCGAUUCCGGCGCUGCUCAAUUUGUUCAUUUGCGGAAUUGGAUUUGGCUUGGCUUUUCUUUCAUCCGAACGAAGAAAUGUCACGGUGCCAAUAAUAGCACAUUCCGUGUAUAACUUGAGCGUUUUGAUAGAGUCGUACUCAAACGGAGUAUUGUUGGUACAAUGA